AUGGUCGUCUCCCUCAAAGAGUCAUGUCUGCGUAUCCUAACUGCACAUUCGGGUGGUCUGCUUGAAGUCGGUAACUGUCCGUAUCGCACGAUCAGGCCCGUUCUUAUUGCAUGCAAUCCCGACCAGCUAGCCCACAUAGAAGAUUCAUCUCCCCAUCUCAUGUUGGAUUCGGACGAAAUUUGGCAGCAUUUCCUCUCCAGAGAUUUCCCGAAUGAACCAGCGAUCCCGCCGUCCACCCGGCCCUCAUCACCUGCACCGUUCCCAUCGGGCGAAGACGAGGAAGAUUUACAUGAGGUCGAGCUACCGCCUAAUCGGCUGCUUUACUUCAAAACCCGGCUGGCAAAGGAAGAGGCCCUGGCAUCCGCCUCUGCUCGUCUCCGGGAAAAGGUCCAAGCUAGUCGUUCAGAUCAACACAAACGGAAGGCUAUUUUUACCGGCCUGACGGAUUACGGUGCCGGGAUCUUGGGGUAG